CUUACCCUUCCUUUUACAACUGAGACUGUUGGGGAUUUUUUUUUUUUUUUUUUUUUCUAAAUUGGAUCUGUGGGGAGGAACACAGAGGGGGAGGGCGAACCAAGAGGAAAGGGGAACACUAGGCAGCUAUCAAUCUCCUGUUUCUCCCAGAACAGGUGAUGCUCUGAAUUGCGGCCACUUUCUGGAAGCAGCUCUGCAACUGGAAGGAUGCGCGAGACAUAGGGCGCAGGGCCGGGCGUCGGAUCUGAGCGCGCGGAGGGAGGGCGAACCCCAACUUCGGCCGGCCGCAGCAGCCCGCAGUCUCGCGCCAAGAGAAAAGGACGAGUUAUUACUAUUGCUAUUAUUACAUUAUUUUUCUUCCAAGAGGGUCCCAAACUUCGACACUUGAUCCCUUGCCUUGCAUUGCUUUGGAGGAGACCGCUUGCUGGCUGCGUUGGAACAGUCACGACUGUUGUAACUCACUUUUUAUAUAAAAAAGCCAACAGUAGAGGAUCAGACUUUUUAAAUGUUUGGGAUUCAAGAUACGUUAGGAAGAGGACCAGCUCUGAAAGAGAAGUCACUGGGCGCCGAGAUGGAUUCAGUCCGGUCCUGGGUCCGGAACGUCGGCGUGGUGGACGCCAAUGUCGCAGCGCAGAGCGGAGUCGCCCUGUCCCGAGCCCACUUUGAGAAACAGCCUCCUUCUAACUUGAGGAAAUCCAACUUCUUUCAUUUCGUCCUGGCACUCUACGAUAGGCAGGGGCAACCAGUGGAGAUUGAGCGCACAGCCUUUGUGGACUUCGUGGAGAACGACAAAGAACAAGGCAACGAGAAGACCAACAACGGCACCCACUACAAGUUACAGCUCCUAUACAGCAAUGGUGUCCGCACGGAGCAGGACCUCUACGUCAGGCUGAUCGACUCGGUCACCAAGCAGCCCAUAGCUUACGAGGGACAGAAUAAAAAUCCGGAAAUGUGCCGAGUUCUCCUGACACAUGAGGUGAUGUGCAGUCGAUGUUGUGAAAAGAAAAGCUGUGGAAACCGCAAUGAGACACCUUCGGACCCUGUCAUCAUUGACAGAUUCUUUUUAAAAUUUUUCCUCAAGUGCAAUCAGAAUUGUUUGAAAACAGCAGGAAACCCGAGAGACAUGAGACGGUUUCAGGUUGUGUUGUCAACGACGGUGAACGUGGACGGACAUGUGCUGGCUGUUUCUGACAACAUGUUUGUUCAUAACAACUCCAAGCACGGACGGAGGGCGCGAAGGCUUGACCCAUCAGAAGCCACCCCCUGCAUCAAAGCCAUUAGCCCCAGUGAAGGAUGGACCACAGGAGGUGCCAUGGUCAUCAUCAUUGGAGAUAACUUCUUCGACGGCCUCCAGGUGGUAUUUGGCACCAUGCUUGUAUGGAGUGAGCUAAUAACCCCUCAUGCCAUCAGAGUGCAGACUCCUCCCCGCCACAUCCCCGGAGUAGUAGAAGUGACAUUAUCUUACAAAUCCAAACAGUUCUGCAAAGGAGCCCCAGGAAGGUUCAUUUACACAGCGCUAAACGAGCCCACCAUAGACUAUGGCUUCCAGAGGCUGCAGAAGGUUAUCCCAAGGCAUCCCGGAGACCCGGAGAGAUUGGCAAAGGAAAUGCUGUUAAAAAGAGCUGCAGAUCUCGUGGAGGCCCUCUAUGGAACACCCCACAAUAACCAGGACAUCAUUUUGAAGCGAGCCGCAGACAUUGCUGAAGCCCUCUACAGCGUGCCCAGGAAUCCUAGCCAGAUUCCAACCUUGUCCAGCUCUCCAGCUCACAGUGGCAUGAUGGGAAUCAAUUCGUACGGCAGCCAGCUUGGAGUCAGCAUCUCAGAGUCAACCCAAGGCAAUAAUCAAGGAUACAUCCGCAACACAAGCAGCAUCUCCCCUCGGGGAUACUCUUCCAGCUCCACACCGCAGCAGUCUAAUUACAGUACCUCCAGCAACAGUAUGAACGGCUACAGCAACGUCCCCAUGGCCAACCUAGGCGUUCCUGGAUCGCCAGGAUUUCUGAACGGCUCACCCACAGGCUCCCCAUAUGGAAUCAUGUCGUCCAGCCCCACUGUUGGGUCUUCCAGCACGUCCUCCAUCCUCCCGUUCUCCUCUUCGGUUUUUCCUGCUGUCAAACAGAAGAGUGCCUUUGCCCCUGUCAUCAGGCCCCAAGGCUCCCCUUCGCCUGCCUGCUCCAGUGGCAAUGGAAAUGGAUUCAGAGCCAUGACUGGACUUGUUGUGCCCCCAAUGUAAGAAGGAGGAGGAGGAGGAGGAGGAGGAGGAGGAUGAACUGCUUUAUCGUAGCACAAAACUACUUAUUCUGGUGGACCAAUAAGGAAAAGCGCUCUGAGCUCUUUGAGGAGAGUUGUGCCCCCAGAGGCCGUGAUGGACAGCUUUGGAAACACGAGGGGCCACCGUCAUACUUGGUCUUACAUUUCCCCUGCAGUUCUGAUGGUUACUACACACACUGAUCCUCUUGGGGACAAGGACAAAAGUUGUCAUUGAGGUGGUCAGUGCUAAGAGCAGAAAUGCUUUGUGAUGAACAUUAUGAAAACCAUCUUCCUAUGUUUGUAAAAUAUUUAAGAAAAAAAUUGGCAAACAAUUCAUGCUUAAUAUUUUGGAUACUAUUUGUUUUUCUUUGUAGGAAAAAAAAGUUGAAAGUUUCUAUUUUCUAUGAAGCCUUUCAGAUACCAAUUUAGUUUAUGCAGAAAAAAAAAUUGAACAAAACAGGGUACCAGCAUGGAAGACUUUCUUAAAAUGAAACCUGAAUUGAAUGAUGAAAUGUUGUAUGUGUGUUUGCUUAUAGUUUAAUCUCUUAAAAAAAACAAACAAAAAAGGGAAAAAUUUUAAAAUGUUUUACAAUUAUUUAAAUAAAUAAACGUGUAACUUAUUGUAAGUAGAAGUAGAAAUUAAGACCUUUUUUUGGAAGAGAAUUUCUCUUCCAGAUGUAAAAUGAAAAUGAUGCAAACAUGUAGUAACAAGUUUUAAAGGUGUGUGAUUAUUACUACAUUACUUACUAGACCCUUCCCCUCUGCCAUGCAGCCCCCUCUUGUUCUAUCAUUUUAUUGACCCAUGAGCAAGAACAUGUAACUUAUAUAGAUUUCAUACAAAACCUGAAAAUGACACUCAAAUACAUGCGUGUACCCCAGGCCCCACACCCACCCCUUACUCCUCAGCUCUGGCUGUCUUCUCGGUAGCUUACAUAUCCC